GCUCCCCCAGGCUUCUCUUCGGACCGUUAACCUCGAAUGAGGAACGAGCGGAGAGGGAAGGGAGGGGCUGCGGCGGCGCUGGUGCAGCCCGCCGGGCCCGGGGCCGGGGGCGGCGAGGUCACGUAACGGCUGCUCUGGCGUCUGCCCGGGGAGGGGGCGCCCUCCCCGGCAGCCGGAGCCCUCCUGCGCGCCGCGGCUCCGAAACAGUUACCGGCUCGUAAACAACAGCUGCGCGCGCACCCGCAUCAGCUGGCGCCGGGAUCCCGCACCUGCGACCUCCUCUUCCCCUUAUCCCCGCCGCCCACUCCUGCUCUGCCCCGGCCAGCCUACGGGGCCGUCUCCUCUCUUGCUAGGACCCGAAGGAAGAAAGGCAAGGGCCUGACGUGCGCCGCGGCCCUGUCGGGGAGAAAGCGCCCUCCGGCAGAAGGGUGGCCCGUCCUGUCACACGCAGGAGAAACCCAGCGAGCUGGCUGAGGGCUCGAUGGACUAGACGACCUGCCACGACCCUGAGCUGCAGUCCGAGGGGUCUCGAUCCGCUCGCUGGCCGCCUCCUCUCAGAUCCUAGGGACCGUUUUGCCUGAAGAGCGGGCGGGCCACCCCCGCAGACCUCUUGGAGACGACAAUUCGCUCUACCCCUGCAUCCUCUGCUCACCCUUUUCUCCUCAUUCUCCUGUAUCCAGUAGUGUGGGCUAUUUUCCCCGUUAUGCAUGCGCAUCUCUCCCAUCAGACCCAAGUGGAUUACUGGCCUCAAAAACGUCGGGUGACUCUCCACACACCUCCCAGCCAAACCUGUGGGGUAUUCACCUGAUACACAACAGGUGGCCGGGUGUUCACCGUGUCGCAAUCUGAUCUGUGCUGUAUUCGCCUGAUAAGGGUGGGCCUGCUCGCACUUUGCCCAACUGGAACCCUGGGACAUUUACCGGAUAAAAAAGACUUAACUACCUCGGUGGAAACCUGGGGGUCGAGGGGAGAAAGGCUUCACCUGCUUCUCUGAGACCAUGGCACUGAGCCCGAAGCCCUGGACCGGGGGAGAUAGAUAACUUUUUUUACUUUUUUUUUUCUGAAGAAAGGAAGUUACACGAGAUUGGUAUCGUUUUGUAUGUUUCCCCCCUUAAAUAUUUAAUGGCAGUGCACUUUCUGGGAUAGUCUGUUUGAAUUCUGAAUAGAAGGAUUCUUAUUUGGGACUUUUUGUGGUAUAAAUCAAGAUUAUUGAAGGUUUCUUUUUUUAAGUUAUCUUUUCUAUUUUGCAAUCAAAAGUAGCUAGCGUAGGAGGAAGGAUUUUUGCGGGGGUUUCCUUUUUUCUUUGUUCUUCUAAAGGAAAAGAAAACCAAUAAUGCAUCCUCCAGAAACCAACACCAAGAUGGCUUCAGUUCGGUUCAUGGUGACACCAACAAAGAUAGAUGACAUUCCUGGUUUGUCAGAUACCAGCCCGGACCUCAGCUCCCGGUCCAGCUCCCGAGUAAGGUUUAGCUCACGGGAAAGUGUGCCAGAAACAAGCCGUAGUGAGCCUAUGAGUGAGAUGUCUGGAGCCACCACUUCACUGGCAACUGUUGCACUGGAUCCGGCUAGUGACCGGACUUCUAACCCCCAGGAUGCAACUGAGGACCCGAGUCAGAACUCCAUCACAGGGGAGCACAGCCAGCUGUUAGAUGAUGGGCAUAAUAAGAAAGCUCGAAAUGCUUAUCUCAAUAAUUCCAAUUAUGAAGAAGGAGAUGAAUAUUUUGAUAAAAACCUGGCACUCUUUGAGGAAGAAAUGGACACACGACCAAAGGUAUCUUCUCUCCUCAACCGUAUGGCCAAUUAUACUAAUCUGACACAAGGAGCAAAGGAACAUGAAGAGGCAGAGAACAUCACUGAGGGGAAAAAGAAGCCCACCAAGACCCCUCAAAUGGGUACUUUCAUGGGUGUCUACCUCCCCUGUCUACAAAAUAUUUUUGGAGUCAUCUUGUUUCUACGCCUUACAUGGGUUGUGGGCACCGCUGGCGUUCUUCAGGCCUUUGCAAUUGUCCUUAUCUGCUGCUGCUGUACAAUGUUGACCGCUAUCUCCAUGAGUGCCAUUGCCACUAAUGGAGUGGUGCCAGCUGGGGGCUCAUACUUUAUGAUUUCCCGGGCCCUGGGCCCAGAGUUUGGUGGGGCUGUUGGCCUCUGCUUUUAUCUUGGUACCACAUUUGCAGCAGCCAUGUAUAUCCUUGGUGCCAUUGAAAUUUUUCUGGUAUAUAUUGUCCCCCGAGCUGCCAUCUUUCGUAGUGAUGAUGCACUCAAAGAAUCAGCAGCCAUGCUAAAUAACAUGCGUGUCUAUGGCACAGCCUUCUUGGUUCUCAUGGUAUUGGUGGUGUUCAUCGGUGUACGCUAUGUGAACAAGUUUGCCUCACUUUUCCUGGCCUGUGUCAUUGUGUCCAUCUUGGCCAUCUAUGCUGGAGCCAUCAAGUCUUCUUUUGCCCCUCCACACUUCCCGGUCUGCAUGCUGGGUAACCGCACCCUUUCAUCAAGACACAUUGAUAUUUGUUCUAAGACCAAGGAAAUUAACAACAUGACAGUACCAUCAAAGUUAUGGGGCUUCUUCUGUAACUCAAGUCAGUUUUUCAAUGCCACCUGUGAUGAAUACUUUGUUCACAAUAAUGUCACUUCAAUCCAGGGAAUUCCUGGAUUGGCUAGUGGUGUCAUUACAGAGAAUCUUUGGAGUAAUUACCUACCAAAGGGAGAGAUCAUUGAAAAGCCCUCAGCCAAAUCCUCUGAUGUCUUAGGCAGCUUAAACCAUGAGUAUGUCCUUGUUGACAUCACCACCUCUUUCACUCUUCUGGUGGGGAUCUUCUUUCCCUCUGUCACAGGUAUCAUGGCUGGAUCAAACAGAUCUGGAGAUCUGAAAGAUGCUCAAAAGUCCAUUCCCAUUGGCACCAUCCUCGCCAUCCUGACCACCUCCUUUGUCUAUUUAAGCAAUGUUGUCCUUUUUGGUGCCUGUAUUGAAGGUGUUGUUCUCAGAGACAAUGACUACCUCUUAGGAAUCUGCCAUAAGGAAAAAAAGUUUGGGGAUGCUGUGAAAGGCAAUCUGGUGGUGGGUACCUUAUCUUGGCCAUCCCCAUGGGUGAUUGUCAUUGGCUCCUUCUUCUCCACGUGUGGGGCUGGACUUCAGAGUCUCACAGGUGCACCAAGGCUGCUCCAGGCUAUAGCCAAGGACAACAUCAUACCCUUUCUGAGGGUGUUUGGUCACAGCAAAGCCAAUGGGGAACCUACCUGGGCUUUACUUCUAACUGCCGCCAUUGCAGAGCUGGGAAUCCUUAUCGCCUCCCUGGAUCUUGUGGCCCCAAUUCUUUCUAUGUUUUUCCUCAUGUGUUACCUCUUUGUAAACUUGGCAUGUGCCUUGCAAACAUUACUUCGAACACCCAACUGGAGACCCCGGUUCCGCUACUACCACUGGGCCCUCUCUUUCAUGGGAAUGAGUAUCUGUCUGGCUCUGAUGUUCAUUUCUUCCUGGUAUUACGCUAUUGUAGCUAUGGUAAUAGCUGGUAUGAUCUACAAGUACAUCGAGUACCAAGGAGCGGAGAAAGAAUGGGGCGAUGGAAUCCGUGGGCUGUCCCUCAGUGCGGCCCGCUUUGCGUUGCUACGACUGGAAGAAGGACCUCCACACACUAAAAACUGGAGGCCUCAGUUGCUUGUGUUGCUGAAACUAGAUGAAGACUUGCACGUCAAGCAUCCUCGCCUCCUUACCUUUGCUUCCCAGCUUAAAGCAGGAAAGGGCCUCACUAUUGUGGGUUCUGUUAUCGUGGGGAACUUCCUGGAAAACUACGGGGAAGCUUUAGCUGCUGAGCAGACCAUAAAGCACCUAAUGGAGGCAGAGAAGGUGAAAGGGUUCUGCCAGCUGGUGGUGGCGGCCAAACUGAAAGAGGGCAUUUCGCACCUCAUCCAGUCGUGUGGCCUUGGGGGCAUGAAGCACAACACCGUGGUGAUGGGAUGGCCGAAUGGCUGGCGCCAGAGUGAAGAUGCUCGAGCUUGGAAGACUUUUAUUGGCACGGUUCGAGUCACAACUGCUGCCCAUCUGGCCCUGCUGGUGGCUAAAAACAUCUCCUUCUUUCCCAGCAACGUGGAGCAGUUUUCUGAGGGCAACAUUGAUGUGUGGUGGAUCGUGCAUGAUGGGGGGAUGCUCAUGCUCUUACCGUUCCUACUUAAACAGCACAAGGUGUGGCGAAAAUGCAGCAUACGGAUCUUCACAGUAGCCCAGUUAGAAGACAACAGUAUCCAGAUGAAGAAGGAUCUGGCCACCUUCCUCUACCACCUGCGCAUUGAGGCAGAGGUGGAGGUGGUGGAGAUGCACGACAGUGACAUAUCAGCAUAUACUUACGAGCGCACCCUGAUGAUGGAGCAGAGGUCCCAGAUGCUCCGGCACAUGCGACUCUCCAAAACUGAGCGGGACAGAGAGGCACAGUUGGUGAAAGACCGGAACUCAAUGCUGCGAUUGACCAGCAUUGGUUCUGAUGAGGAUGAAGAGACAGAAACCUAUCAGGAGAAGGUGCACAUGACUUGGACAAAAGACAAGUACAUGGCAUCCCGGGGACAAAAGGCCAAGUCAAUGGAAGGAUUCCAGGACCUGCUUAACAUGCGUCCGGACCAGUCCAAUGUGAGGAGGAUGCAUACAGCAGUGAAGCUGAAUGAGGUUAUAGUUAACAAGUCUCAUGAAGCAAAGCUGGUUUUGUUGAAUAUGCCAGGGCCACCUCGAAACCCUGAGGGUGAUGAAAACUACAUGGAGUUCCUAGAAGUGCUCACCGAGGGACUAGAGCGAGUCCUCCUUGUCCGAGGUGGUGGCAGUGAAGUGAUCACCAUUUAUUCAUAAUUUAUCCCUGAAUGACUCUGCUUGGCCUCAUCUUUCCUAAAAGGCUUCCAUCCUUCGUGGAAGUGCCAGCUCUUUACUACUACUCCCAUCAAGUAGGCACUGAACUCUUUGACAAGCUGAGCCUCACGUACAUGUGCAAAAAAGUUCAAAUAGUUCUGCUCUUUGCUAUCAUAUGAUCUGCCAUCCUUACAGAGGCAAAUAGUCCCUCAACAUCAGAACACUGGUCAAGUCCAAAAAGCCAUGUCUGUACCAGUUGAAGGCAAGUUAGAAUUAACAAGCUAAACCAAUAAAAUGAAUUGACAAAAGGGAUGCUAGAAAUUCAACCGAAGACGGAAAGCAAGUAUAUAUCCAGCAUUAAAGGGGAGUCUCAGAAGUCACGGUUCAGUGAUGACACUAUGGGGGUAAUGACACAGCUUCAUCUUCAUACUAAAGAAAUCACAACCAAGUAUCGGGGACCUGACUUCCUUGUGGAAAUAACCUGUAGCAAACCAAGAUGAAAACCUGUUUUAGCUAAUUUUCUUUAAUGUACCCACUGUUCUCUAGGACUCUAAUUUUAUAUUAGGGUACUAAUACACAAAAACUGACACAUGGCUGCAGCCUUUACUUCUUCCUCCAAAACAAGAUUCCCUCCAAAUACCAGGUUUAAGUACACAUACUGUGUUGGUAAACAUAUGUCAGCUGGUUCUAAAAUCCAUUCUGUGGUUAAGAUUAUAAAACAUAGGCAUUGUUGUCCUGGAAAUUGUUUUUUAAAGUUGGAGUGGAAACUUCUUUGAGGCUCUUUCAAAUGGCCAAAUGAAGGUAACUCCAAAUGAUAGCUGUUAAGAUCUACUGAAGCAGUCUGUGGUUACCUGUGUGACAAGGGCAAACAUUAAAGUUGUUGUCUGUCUAAGAAAGCUAGAUGAUGAUGCACAGUGUCCAGUAGUUUCUCCUCUCCUGUUUUAUGCCCUCUGGAUUGGUAGUCAGGCACAGGUCAAAAAUCGGGAACAAACACUAGGAAGACGCUAAAAUCCUUUCCUAAAAGCGCUGGACUAGCUUUUAAAGGGGGAAUCUAGCGAUGGAAUUUGAAGCUCCAGAGCCAUACUCCCUCCAUAGUGCCAAAGACUGAGCUGCUGCUCCUCCCCACCUGCUUCUCUCAAGUGGCAUGAUUGGAAUUGGCCUGAUUCAAGAAACUUCUUCCACUAAGAUUUCUGACUCAGUUCCAAAGCCAUAGCAGACUUGAGGCACUCACCUAAAUGCCCAGUCUGAGCAGUUUUCUUUUCUCAAUUUUAUUCUUGGGACUACAGAAACUUGGCUCUGAACUAAGAUUAUCCAAGCCAACAGUCCUCUGCUAUAACAGUUGUUUUCAGAAAGCUCUAAAUGUGUCAGGGAAAUACUUGUGCAAGCUUACUUUUAUUUGCUCAUUCACUGGUCAUAAAACACCUGGCUUUCAAGCAUAAGGAAACUACCUUGAGUGGUAAUUGCAAAUAUAUGGGUGUUUUUUUUUAAAGGAUAAGUAUUAGAGAAACUGUCUUGCCUCUAUUCAUGACUGCUUUUGAAUCACUUUAUUAAUGAUAAAUAGUGCCACUUUUUUGAUUACCCAGUAGGAUUUGGAGAAAGCAAACCUAGGUAUCUGCAGACUAUAGGUGAAAACCCUUCAGUAUGGCUUCAGAAAUUGAGUCUUUUUGUUCCCUUUGCUCAUUUUUCAACCUCAAGACCCAAUCAGGGUAGCAAAACAGUCUUUUAAGUCUUUUUCCUGCUCCUUCCUGCAGAGAAUAGAAGCAUUGUUUACAGUUUCCACUGUAAUACUCCAAUGUUUAGUCGAGUCCACAGGAGUGGAAUAGGUUCCUUAGGACCCAAGAUAUUGAAGCCCCCAUGCUUUAAAGGUCAGCCUAGCCAGGAAUUCCUCUACAUUUACACACAUCCUCUGGCCAAAGUAGUUGAAUUUUUUUUUCCCAUACAGAAAAAAUAUGGGCAGAAAACAAGGUUUUAGAAGAGCUUUUCGUGGUUAGAGCUCUGUAAGAAUCUGUUAAAGGGAUAACGGAGUUAGUGGCUACUAAUAGAGCCACUACUUUAGCCCUUAAAACAUACAAUCACCGUUAUGUGGGAAAGUGGUUAUUAGGCCAGAUUUAAACUCAUCUCUGUCUAGAGCAUUUCAUGUCUGUCUGUUGCUUAUGUUGUUUGUCUGCAGAAUGUCUUGUCUCUUCUAAUCACUGCAAAUAAAGCAAUACUGAAAACUUGGUAAGAGAAUGCACCUUAGGGGAAGGGGCUUUUAUGUUUCAAGAAGGAAGAGAAAGGAAAGACCUCUUCCUGCCUUUUGAGUAAGGUCCAGCUUUUAAGUCGCAGCUGUGAUUUACCAGGGCAGGUUAUGACAAUAUCCACUGUCCAGAUGCUGGCCCUCUGCCUUCUAAAGCUGUCUUAAAAGCCGAGGUUUGAAUUGCGGCAUCUGCUCGACUGGUGCCACCUGGCAGGGAACAGAUACUGCGGAUCUUCCUUUGCCUCAGACUGCUGUGGCCCCAGCUGUCCCGCCAAUCCUCACUCCCCCUACACAUGUUAAAAAUCCAUUAUUGUGGAUAUUAAAGUAGCGAUUACACUGUAAGCAUAUUUAUGUGCUCUUUUUGUCUGGUUUAUUUUGCUUUUCAUCAUGUAUAAUCUGAAUUCAGCAUUAGUUUCUCACAUCUUCCACACGUGUCUCCAACACAAUUUUUAUGUCCCAGCUUGUGUUAAAUAGAAGUGAAAUAUUAAGGAAAAUAGAUUUAAGGGAAACUUGUGCAACGUUUUUUUAAGCAUUGUUCUCUACUGUUUAAUUUAUUGAAAGGAGCUGCUGCCGUGGUUCUUGAUUUAGCAGCGGCCAUUCUUUUGUUUACAUAGAGUUACAGUUUUAUUUGUUUUGCUCUGUACUGGAAACAAAUAAAGUUUUCUACAUUAUUUUCAA